AUGAUCGUGCAGCUGCUACUGGUCUACAGUGUCAGUUUGCUACGUAUUGUCGCGAUGGUAAAGUGGUUCGAGUGGAUUGUGACCAAGAAGCCUCAGAUUCACGGCAAGAAGCGUAUGCAGCUCACUGGCAAGCAAACCAGAUCCAUUUACUACUGCAUCUUGCGGGUCGUGGUGCCCACCGAGUGUGCGUCGUACUGGUUCGCAAAGCAGACUACUGGGUCCAUACAAGGCAGUCUAAACUGGUGGACGUUUCUCGUCGAAUUCGCCACGUUUAUCCCCAAAUCCCUACUCUUUGAAGUCAUCUUUGACUUCUUCCACUUCGCGAUGCAUUGGACGUGCCACUACAGUCCAUGGAUUUACAAGAACGUCCACAAGCGUCACCACCUGCAUCUCCACCCGUGCCCUCUAUCGACGUAUGCACAAGACGGUGUCGACUUGAUUCUCACCAAUGUGCUGCCGUUCUGCCUCGCGUGGAGCCUCUGCUUCUCACUGUCAGACCUCCAACUACACAUGCUUUUUGCAUACAAGACGUACGUGGAAGUUGCAGGUCACUCGGGCUUGGACAUCAAGGGCGUGUCUUUCCCACAAUUGCCGCUGCUAAACAAUGUUACUGGCAUUUGUUUGCGAGUACAUGACCACGACCUCCACCACACUCAUCAGCGCUAUAAUUUCGCGAAGCGGUUUUCGCUUUGGGACAAGGUCUUUCACACGUUCCGCGAGGGUGUUACACUAUCACCCAUGUCGCUCUAA